AACCCUAACCUAACAACUUGUUUAUGACAUAUCUCAAUAAAAUUCGAACAAACUUUUUGUAAUGUUCGCUUUGAUAAACCGAUAAAGUGCUUGUCAAUCGAUGAAAAUGUUAGAAAAAAUAGUUAAUGAAAAGCGAAAAUAUGUUUCCUGUAUCAAAAUUAACGGCGUACCCAUUUUACCACCUGUGGUAACGAGCGCAAAAAGAAAAGAAUUAUUGAAAUAUAAGCACCAAGCUAUAAAACUUGAGAAACGAUUGAAGAGAGAACGAGAGCUUCGAGAGUACAUCACUCGAUAUUAUCUUCCAAAAUUAGACAAUGUUAAUUUAUUAACAGAAAGUUUAGAGCAUCAAUUAUCAUUUUUUGAUGAGAACACUUUGCUUCCAACGCCAAGCGAUGAAAUUAGUAUUAAGAAACAAUCAAAAUUGUGUUGUGAUCUGCAAGUAUCUCAAUAUACAAAUAACGAGUUUAAAGUAAUAACAAAUUUUGAAAAUAACACUUCAGUAAUCAAAAAUAUAAUUGAAAAUGAGAUUGAAACCCCACCACAAAUUGAUUCCACUUCUAACCUUGAUGAAAUAAUGCCAAAUGAUGAAAUUGGAAAACCAAAAUUAAUUCGAAGUGAUUCUUAUGUGUUGGAGACUCCCAGCCCAAUGUUAUUGGAACAUUUAAAACGUCAUAAUGAUGAAUCUCAAUUAAAUAAUGUUCCAAUAAAAGGACUUGUUGCUUCAACACCAAACGAAGAGGGUCAAGAUAAAUUAAAUUUAACAAAAUCUGAUUUUUGUUCAGAAACUGAAUCAGAAUUAAAAAAUAUCUCUGAUCAUUCAAGUCAUUCAACACAAGGUGAUAUUACUGUGUUAUCUAAAGAUAUUACUGUUGAUGGAGAUAUAGAAAAGACAACUUUUUAUGAGGAUCAUGACAAAUAUGAUAAUGAAAAUAAAGAAUGUGAUGAAAAAAUUGAAGAAAAUCAAAUAAAUCAUUGGGAUUUUCCAUUGGUUAAAGAUUUAUCAUUAGAUCAAAAUGAUCAAGAAAAAUUAACAAAUAUUUUAAAUGCGAUUCCAGAAUCGUAUUCGAAACAAAUUUUAGAAUUAUUAGAGAAACAAAGAAUGGAGCAAACUAUUCGAUUAAGAUCUUAUACCAAACUAACUGAAGAGUGUUUAACUAUACCGGCUAAUAAUAAACCAUUAAAUUAUAAUCCACAAUCAGAGAGAAGCAUAUAUUAUACACCAGACACUUUUGAAUCUCCACAAAUUCAUGGUUUAUCAUCCAAAUUAUCAUCAAACAUCCAAAUUAUUAAUGAUCACAAUAAACUUACUGAUAGUCUUCCUAUAAAUAUUAUUGAUAUUGAACCCAAAGUUGUUUAUACUUCUUCGAUUAUUGAAGGUUCAAAAACAUUAAGAGGUUGCAAUAGGAAAUUAUUUAGUGAUUUAAAUAGGGACAAUUAUAUAAAAAUGAAUUGGGCUGCUUCUGUAAUUCAAGCACACAUUAGAGGGUACUUAACAAGAAGAUUAUUAAGAAGUGAACGUGUUCAAGGACUUAUACAAACUAUAAAAGAUGCUUUAAUAUGCGCAAUGGAACUUCACUCAGAAUGUGCUGAUAAUAUAAAUGAAUCAGAUGUUGAAUUACAUAGAAGGCUUAUUCAACAGGUUUCUGCUGCUGUUGAAGCUUUCCAUCGCGUUUUCUUCGAAAUAACAACUUCAGAAAAAAUGUCUGUUAUAAGAAUCGAUAGGGAGAGAUUGAAGGAAAAAUUGAAAAGACCAAGAUCAAAGGGGUCAAUUUCAGGCAGGACUUCCAGAAGUUCUAGACAUUCUAGACUAAGUUAGCCCUUUUAAUAGAAUCACUUAAUAAUUCUUUAUUGCUUCUGUCAUCUAAUUAACAAUUUAGAAUUAUUGUUGACAUGUAACAUUUCUAUGUAAUUAAUAAUUGUGUCUUAUGACUGUGGCCUUACAUGGUAAAAAAUCAAUUAAAAAAAAAGCAAUUUAAUUAAAAUUGAUGAUUUUUUAUAAUAAUUAUGUAUAUUGAUGCCAAAUUUAGAAUUAGGCUCGUUUUUAGUGCAUUUUAUGCUUGCUUAAAGAUGUCAAUCCAAUAAAUCUUUUAAAAUAUUAAAUA